AUGGCGACUGUGGCGGGACAGACGGAUGCCUGGGCCCUGCGCCUCGGGGGCCUGCUCCUGCCUCUGCUCUUCCUGGGGACAGCAGGUUCCCAGCGGCAGGUGACCACGGCACCCUCCUCCACGGCCCGCGUGGGCUCGGGGGCCCUGCUGCAGUGCCGGUUCGAUGUCGGGGGGCCGGUGGCCCUGGACUCCCUGCGGGUGAUGUGGUAUUUCUUGGAUCAGGAGGUGGCUUCCUUUAAGCACAGCAGGAGCCAGGCCUGGCCCAGAGCCAGCCUGCCAUCCCACAAGGAACUGAAGAGCGGAGACGCCUCCUUGUCGCUGGUCGCGGUGACCGUGCCCGACGGGGGCUUGUACCGGUGUGUUGUGGGGUACGGGACACAGCAGCACCACGGGGAGACCAUCCUGCGCCUGCUCGCUGCCCCGACACUCUCCGUCCCAAGAAAACCAGUUGUGGCCGAUGCCGAGACCUCCCUCCUGUGCCACGUGGGGCGGUUCUACCCCGAGGACGUGGACGUGGCGUGGCUGAGAGACGGGGAGGUCCUGCAGGGCUUCACCCGCUCCAGCCCCCAGAGGAACGCAGACGGGACCUUCAACCUCACCCUCACCUACACCUUCACCCCCGCCCGCAGCAAUGCCGAUAGCAUCUUGUCCUGCUACGUCCGCCACGAGGCUCUGGAGCAGCCACUGCAGGAGGACGUCUCCCUGGACAUCCGAGGUGAGAGCCCGCACUGGGACCUGCCUGCUGCCCUGACUCUGGACACGGGGGAACUGGGAAUGUAA